GCAAACAAAAACCAUAAAAUUUAAAAUUUAAUACGUCAACAAUCAACAUGUAAAAAUUCUCCUAUAAUCCCUGGUAUAAUGUCAUCUUCCCAUUAUUGACCACGUUAAUGCGAUUUGCAGUAGAUUAUAUAACACCCGGACUUAAUUACUUAACAAUAUUUUUACACUGUUUUUACAUAUUUUGAUAUUGCUAAUGUAUUCAUUUUCUAACAUCAAAAAUGUCUUUAAGAUUUAGAAUUAUUCAGCUAAAGCGCAAUAAAUUUGCCAAAAUUAGUAUUGGAACUUUUAUUAUCUUACUAUUACUAUUGGCAUUAUAUAAACGUUCAGAAAGUAUACAAAACUCACACGAAUCAACACUUUCUAAACAUUCUAGAUUUUCAAAUCAGGUACCAAUUUACCGUGAUCAAAUUUCUGGUAAUUUUGAGUAUUCUACUUCUACUAAUAAACCGGGUCCUGGGGAAAAAGGUAAAGCUCACCAUGUACCAAGUGAUAGAGAAAAUGAAGCAUUGCAAUCCCUAUCCGAAUAUGGCAUGAACAUGGCUUGCUCAGACGAUAUCUCUCUAAAUAGAUCAAUUCCAGAUCACCGCGAGGAGGAGUGUAAAUAUUGGACUUAUCCAGAACAAUUACCACGUACUAGUGUAAUAAUAGUAUUUCAUAAUGAAGGUUGGUCAUCUUUAUUGAGAACUGUCCACAGUAUUCUUAAUAGAACUCCACCUCAAUUUUUGGAAGAAAUUCUUUUGGUUGAUGACUUUAGUAGUAAAGAAAAUUUAAAAAAGAAACUAGAAUAUUAUAUUGAAAAGUUUAAUGGUAAAGUAAGAUUAAUUAGAAAUUCUGAACGUGAAGGACUGAUUAGAACACGAUCAAAGGGUGCUUCAAAUGCUAGGGGGGAAGUAAUUUUAUUCUUAGACGCUCAUUGCGAAGUUGGAUACAAUUGGUUACCACCAUUAAUUGCACCGAUUGCCCGAGAUAGAAAAAUUAUGACAGUUCCUGUGAUUGAUGGAAUUGAUCAUAAUACUUGGGAGUAUCGUCCAGUUUACGAAAAAGAUCAUUUAUUCCGUGGUAUAUUUGAAUGGGGUAUGCUGUAUAAAGAAAUUGAAAUACCUGCUCAAGAAGAACGAAAAAGAAUUUACAAAAGUGAACCUUAUAAGUCGCCAACUCACGCAGGUGGUCUUUUUGCCAUUGAUAGAAAUUAUUUUCUUGAACUUGGAGCAUAUGAUCCUGGGUUACUUGUUUGGGGAGGAGAAAAUUUUGAAUUGUCGUUUAAAAUUUGGCAGUGUGGUGGUAGCAUUGAAUGGGUCCCUUGUUCCCGAGUUGGACAUGUUUACCGUGGAUUUAUGCCAUAUAACUUUGGAGAACUUGGCAAAAAGGUCAAAGGACCUUUGAUAACAUAUAACUACAAACGUGUAAUUGAGACAUGGUUUGAUAAUAAACAUAAAGAAUUCUUUUAUACUCGUGAACCAUUAGCGCGCUACUUAGACAUGGGUGAUAUAUCUAAACAAUUGGAAUUGAAGGAUAAACUGCAAUGCAAAGAUUUUUCAUGGUUCAUGGAAAAUGUUGCAUAUGAUGUGUAUACAAAGUUUCCUGAACUUCCACCAAAUCUAUACUGGGGGGAAUUACGAAAUAUCGGCAAAACAACUUGUCUAGAUACCAGAGGUCAUCAACCACCAUCAUUAGUAGGCUUAGAGUUAUGUCACGGACAAGGAAAUAAUCAGCUUUUUAGAUUGAAUACAAAAGGACAGCUUAGCGUCGGUGAGCGUUGUAUUUUUGCUGAUCGACAAAAUGUAAAAUUAGUUGUAUGUCCAUUAGGAACUGUUGAUGGGCCAUGGCAAUAUGAAUCUACUAACAAGUUGUUACUACAUUCAAUAACAAGGAAGUGUCUUAGUGUUCAUCCAUCAUCCGAUCAAGUAAUAUUAACACCGUGUGAUUCUAAUAAUGCUAAUCAACAGUGGAUAUUUAAACAAGUUGUGCCAAGUUGGACAAGUUAAAUGAACAAAGCAAUAUUUUGUAACUGUUUUUUUUUUUACAUUUUUUUACAUUUUUGUAUUAAAUAAAAUAAGAUAUAUUUCUUGUUAUUAUAUAAAUUAAGAGUAUAUUUUUCAUUAAACAACAAGAAAUCCAAAAAGUA